CUUCGCAGACCCGUAGUUUGACACCUACCGCGUACAUCAUCUCCAUCUCCGUCCUCUUUUCAACCAACCCUACCUUUCCCGCUCGAGCGCAAACCGAAACCCUCGACGACCUUGUCCCCCCCGUCCCUCGGCGCCUAGAAGACUUGAAGUCUGUUGGCACCCGCAUCGCAUAUACAUAUCCGGCAAGCAAACACAUACGUGGAUCCGCGGCAGGGUCACCACCGUCAAGAUGUUGAAGAUUUGGUCUAUGAAGAAAGAGCAGCAGAAGGCCGAGAAUGCGGCUGGAGCUGAAAGUGGCGGGAAGAAAAAGAAGGUUACGGCGGCGCAGUUGCGGGUGCAGAAAGAUCUCAGCGAGCUUUCACUAGGCAGCACAAUGAAGACCGAGUUCCCGGACCCAGACGACAUCCUCAACUUCAUCCUCUACAUCGAGCCGGACGAGGGCAUGUACAAGGGCGGCAAGUUCAGCUUCACCUUCAACAUCACGCCCAACUUCCCGCACGAGCCGCCCAAGGUGCAGUGCCGCGAAAAGAUCUACCACCCCAACAUCGACCUGGAGGGCAAGGUGUGCCUCAACAUUCUGCGCGAGGACUGGAAGCCCGUGCUCAACCUGAACGCCGUCAUCGUCGGCCUGCAGUUCCUCUUCCUCGAGCCCAACGCGAGCGACCCGCUGAACAAGGAGGCGGCCGAGGACCUGAGGUCCAACAGGGAGGGCUUCAAGCGCAACGUCAGGGCGGCCAUGUCGGGCGGUACGGUCAAGGGUCAGACGUAUGAACGGGUUGCCCAGUAGGUAUCGGGAACCCAAUCAAGCCAAAAGACUCAAAAGAAACAUCAGUAUCAGAAGAACUAGGCCCGUGCGUUCACCUCUUCCUCAGCCUCUCAG